UUCUUAACGCGAUUAUGAUUGGAUUACAAGAUAUAGUUUGGCCAAUGAAAAUACGUCUUUAAUUUAUUGACCGUAAUGCUGUUUAGGUAGCAACGAUACCCUUCGAUCUGCAGGUCGGGUCAAUUUUUCUUGAUCUCUGUUGGAAUAGAAUUAAAUUAAAAAUGGCAACAGAAGUCAGACAAAUAGUAAGACAUCAGCCAACUGACUGGUUUACAGAAGUGUAUGCUCAGUCAACAAAUGCUGAACGACAGAGAUCUGCAUCUCAUCAAGUGCGUCAAGAAUCACGUUUCUUGCGUAAUGAAACAGAUGUUCAGACCAAGUGGGAUCAAUAUUCUAAUGAUGUUAGACUAGCUGACAGAGUUGAUCACAUUAGAAAAUGGAAGGAAAUUCUAGAAAGGACAUUGGGACAGCUAGAUCAAGAAAUUGCAGAUCUUUCCGAAGCAAAAGAAUUGACUGAGCAAGCUCUAGAAGCCAAAAACCUACCUACUGAUGUCAACAUUGAGUGUCUUACUCUACGAGAAGGUCGUAGAAAUAUAGAUGUUGUUCAGGAUGAGCCAGAAAAUCAACUGCACAAAGAAGCAGAAGUGAUUGAUGGAAUCAAAAAGACUCUCCAACAAAGGAUCUCUGAUUCCUUUGAACAACUAUGUCUGCUGCAGGAAGCACGGCAACAAGUGCAAGCUGAUCUACAAGACAAAAAUAUAGCCCUAGGCAUUGAUAUUGAUCAAUAUAAUUUGUCUGACAGAUCACCCAACAUAAGCUAUAAGCCUGAUCCAUUGCGUGUACCGAAAGGGAGCACUACUCCACAACAGUGGGAAGACUUCAGCAGAUACAACAAAGAAAGAGCUGAUGCUGAAAUGAAAUCUGCCAAUAGACUCAGAGAACAAAUACAUCACACUCUCCAACAAACAGCCAAUGAUCUAGAAGCACAAAAGCAGGCAACUGAGUAUGCUUUCAGAAAGAGGAUUCAUGAGUUUGAACGUGCCAAGGAUGAGCUUGAAUGGCAAAAAAAGAAUACUGAAGAGGAAAUUGCUGAACUUGAGAAUGAUAUAAGAGGAAUCGAAGAAGCCAUCAGAAACAAAAUUCGACCUACUAAAAAGGCAGAAACAAGGCUGGAAAACCGGACAUACCGCCCUAAUGUUGAGCUGUGUCGAGAUGCUGCCCAGUAUGGUCUUGUUGAUGAAGUCAAACAACUGUAUGCCAGCAAACAAGCUUUGGAGGAGAAACUCAAGCAAUCUCAACAUGCACUGGAUGGUUUGCAAAAGACUUUGCAUCGUUUGAAUGAUGAUAUCGCACUGAAAACUCAGUCUCUGCGCCUUGACAAUCAAUGCCUUGGCGUGCGUCAGAAACUAAACCCACCAGCAACUUCACAAAUUGAGCACAAUUUAACCCUGACUGGGAUUGAGAGAAUGAAGUCAGCCAUCCUUGCUUAAAAAUGACUUUUAUUUUCAACACAAAUAUUUUUUUAUACAUUGAUUUACAGCAAAUUUUUUUUGUAGGCUAAAUUUUUUUAAUAGUAACUUUGUUGCACAAAAAACAUCGAGGUUCAGUGAUAUACCUCAGUCAUUAAAGAAAGCGUUAGUUAUUACAACACCUUUGAAAUAUGUUACAUUAUUCUGUUCACCGUUGAAGUAGUAAUCAACAGUAAUCAGUCUUAUAUAGCAUUUAGAAUCUGUCUGUGUCAACAUAUUUA